AUGUCAUCUCGAGUUACCUGUUUCCUCACUUUCCUCUUCAUCUGGGCUAUCGUCUCUGUUAACUCCUCACCAGUCGGUAGCGAGACUACACCAGCUGAGACAGAGAAGCAAACCACUGAGACCGAGAUGUCCUCAGGCUCCACAGAGAAAGGCCAAGAGGAGGAUGACAAGAAGGAGGAGGAGACACUUCAAGCUUGCAGUUGGGGAUGCGAUAGCUGUUACUAUCUUGCCGAAGAAGGUGAAGGUAACAAAGAACAAAGCAGCGAGUCUGAACAACCAACUUCCUCAACCCCACAACCAUCAUCUUCAGAAUCAUCUGAAGGUUCUCAAUAA